CGAAGAGGGGUAAGGACAAUUGCGGAACUUCGGUUUCUUUCGUGCUGCGAAUUCUACAGACGCGAUUCUCCGUUCAGGUGGUCAGCGAGUGACCGCGUCCACGAAGGAGACAGAAAACUUUCACGUGGAUUUCUCCCUUUUUCUUUUUAUUGAUUCGCUCUGUCUCUGACACUACCCUGCUGUAUCGACGCUUUCCGACUCUCCGCUCGUCUUCGUUUCCGGGCCACCGUACAAAUUGCAUGCGACCCAGGAAUCGCAUCUUUCAGCCUCAACAGCUUUUCUCCCUUUAUCGAUUAUCGGGAGAAGACAGAAGAGCGAGAUGUCCCUUUCUUCUCUCUCCGGUUGGAUUGAAGGGAGAGUUGACGUUUCGCUCGGGUCUCCCGGGUGUCGCUGUGUGCCCCGGUCGCUUGUCAAGAGUUUCGUUCCUACUCUCGCGUUUUUCGUGCUGUACUUCUUUCUUGCAUCAGAAGCGACUCACGCGGUUCCUCUCCCUCAGCAUGGACUUUCCUCUGGCUCUUCUUCUCUCUCUUCUUCCCUUCGCGCUUCCUCACUGCCUCCUGUGACGGAGACACAGUCUCCGUCCAGGUUUCCUUCCUUCUCGCGUCUGGGUCGUCCUCCUCUCUCGUCUACUCUCCCCACCUGCAGAGCCUUAGCACUGCUGAGUUUCCUUCAGAUUCGCUCAUCCUGCGCUUCCCCGCUUCGCCUUUCUCCGUCCCAGCCUCCUUCCCUUCGCUCUCCGGGGUGUGCAGUUUCAGAGACUUGCACCGGCGAAGAUGAGGGGAACAACUCCUCCGUUCCUCCCCGUGCUCUCCCCAAACUCCACAGCCUGGAGGGGCAGUCCGACGCAUGGUAUAUCGCCUUCUCUCCCAGCGAAUUGAGUCCCCUUUUUUCCUCGUUGUCUGUCAGAGGGAAGCGGGGCAAGCGUCGGACAAAUCGGGCGCCUUUCACCUUCGUCACUGCAUGCGGUUCUCGGGCAGUGAGUGAAGAACCUGAUGGACCUUUUGCAUAUGCACAGAUGCGCCGUCGCGUUCCCAAAGAAAAACACCGGGUAGGGAGAAGCUUGUGUCGCCCAGCUGGGUGCAGAGAGAGAGACAAUUGGUGGAGCUGCACGGGACAUGGACAUGAACUUCACGCUUUCGCGCCCUCGUUCCUCCCAGGAAACAGAGAGCUUCUUGAUCGUGGCGAGGUUUCCAGUCUCACCACAGGAGAGCAGGAGUGGGACGUUUCACAGGUGCCGACCGAUGCGGCCUCUGCGCUCAGAGACUGGAGUCGAACCCCCCUAAGAGCGACCGCCCUCCACACGCUGGCGAGGUGGAGACCAGGGGACCUGCCGUCGCAGCCGCAUUCGCGUGUCUCUGUCAGACAGCCGAGGGCCUCCUCACUCUCAGCUCUUCUCCCGGGAAGACGCCUUCUUCUGUUGCCUCUCCAUUCUCUCGAAUGCGAAGCGAAGGGAGGAAGAGAAGCGCAGGAACGCGACGCAUGGGUGCUGGCGGCCACUCGGCGGGGCACCCAGCAGCACGCGAGAGAGCCUGGAGACGCGACCAGCCGAGCGGAGAACGGCGACAGGCUUCCGGCCUCUGGAGCGCAUCUCUCGGUGUCCAGCAAAAGCCAGGAAGAAGCUCUUGCAGAGUUGGAGACGUACGAGAGGAUUCGCGACAGCCGUCUCCUGAUGAGCUGGGACGCGUGGGCUCGCGGAGUCGGAAGGAGUCCCGAAUAUCUCAAGAACCUCGUCACUCGCGCGUAUGCGCCUCACGCGUCGACUUCACCCGACGAAGCCAGGGUCACCGGAUCCACUCCAGAAAAGCAAGACCCGCAGUCGGGGAGCUCAGACCCUCGCACCGAGAAGACGCCAGGACGCGGAGUGUAUCCCCGUCGCACGGAGGUGCAGGGCGAAGCGAGCGUCCCACAGGCUUCGGAAGAGACGAGCCAAAUGCCUGCAGGGAAGUCGACCAGCUCCGGAAGACGGAAGAGAAGAAAGACAGAGCCGACGACCUCUGCGGACCUGCGCGUCGACUUGGAAGCAAAACAUGAACGCGACAAACCUUCGGAGGAAGAGAGAACGAGCGAACGGCUCGCAGAGGCCAGAGCCGGAGAAGACAUGCCGUGGCGGCGACCCGAGACGCUGGCCUCGUCGUCGGUCCGACCCCGAAAGGUAGACGAGGGCCAUCUUGCCGAGGAAGAGGGAAGCGAGAAAGAGCAAGGUGGACGAGGCGAUGUGGAUGAGGCCUCGCGAAAGGGAUUCUCGAGUGGCGCUGCUGCCUCCCUCGGCGCGCUCGCAGGUGGGAAGAGACAGGACAGUCGCAGCGAGGUCCCUUGCGACAGAAAUAAACCGUCUGUGCCGCGGUCUAGAUCGAGGGAGACGGACGCGAAGGAUGAGACCUCGCCGACACGAGAGGAGCGGCCAACCAGACGAAGUGACGCUGAAGGCUCUACACGCCGUCCGGCCUCCACAGAGAGAGACGAAACAGAAGAGGAGAACUGGGAGGAGACCGCGCAGACGGCCUGGUCUUUAGGAAAACUGGUGUCGAGGCGGGAAUACGCGCGUCUCCUGUCUCUUCUGCGUGUAGAGGCGAUUCACGCGACUCUCGAAGGAUCAGAGAAUGAGGAAAAAGUCCCUUUUUUAUCGAAGACGCUGCCCAGACGGCCCCCCACCGUGCAGGAGUGGGCUGACGCGGCGACAGGCGGGGAUGUGAAGCUCCUUGAGGAGAAACUUCGAGACUCACGGGCGCUCUUGGAUGUCUGCUUGCGGAGGCUUCACCCUCUCGCGACGGUGGCUGUGAGACGCUUCCGCAGUGCGAACAUCUUCGCAGCUCAGCAGAGGAAACUGUAUCAGGAACAGGGCGACUACGACGCCAUUCGCGCCUUGCUGGAGAAGCGGAACGAAGAAGAAAUGGAACUUCUCCUCGUCGCCCUCCAAGGCAUUCGCCAAGGCCUGCGACGCCACGCUCGGACGGCCAUGCGCAGACGCGUUCGGCUGCUCAAAGAAGCGUCCUAUGUGAACCGAGAAGCAGGAGACGAAGACGCAGAAGAUGGUGAAGGAGAAGAAGAAGGCGAAGAAGAGAGAGAUGCAGCGGAGGAAGGAGACCUGGACGAAGGAAGGGAUGAAGAAGAUGACGAAAAGGAAGAGGAGGGAGGGGACUGGAGUCUUGUGAAAAAAAUGAAGAAGAAGGCUGUGAAAAAGAACGAGGAAGGUCCGAACAGGGAGGCCCUGUGUGACAAGACGGAUUCAGGUUCUGGAAAAGACGGAGAGAACGCGGUGUCUGUCGCGCCUUUCCCAGAGCUUCCGCCGCCUCCCAGCGUCGCCUACUGGCUGUGGAUGCGAACUGCGAUGGUCGACUGGGAGCAACAGAAGAGACAAGUCACACAGUUCCCCUGGCGAUGGUGGAAGGAGGCCGCGAGAGGCCGCAAGGCGUCGCACGGCCUAUAUGCGGAGUUAGGCCGAGAACCGACAGAGGCGGAGGUUGCCGACCGUCUUGGAAUUUCCCUCGACAAGUGGAGAGAUAUAAGUGUGGCCACCAAGGCUGCAACCUCUCUUGAGACUGAACUCGGCGGACCCCACGGCAGCCACGACCCAAAUGACAGGCAGGACACCGUGGGAGAUCUUCUGGUCAGUGAAGAGUCGCUGGAGAGCGAAAGCCAGAUGUUUGAAACCGAGCUGGAGACUCAGGUGCUCGACUUGGCGGCGGAGUGCCUCGAGCCCGACGAGUUUCAAAUGAUCAAGGCCCUGAUCUCGGAGCCGCAUGCGAGGAGCGAAGCCACCGCGAACUCGGCCGCCUGGAACGAGGACAACACGACUCGAGCUCAAACUCUCCAGUUCAUGGUCGGCGACUGCGUGGAUGAGAAGCUGAAAAAGGCGAUUCAAAAGAUGAAGGAGGCGGAAGUGAAACGUAAUCUCGAGAGCCUCAGUCCCGAGGAAAGACGCGAGGGACUCGCGAGUCCAGACGCCCUCGAAAAGGUCGUGCAAAGAAAGAGCACUGUGCUCCAGCUUUGUCUCGCUGCGAGCACCAAGCAGGGCUUCGAAUGACAGCUAUACAAAACAAGACGAGGCCGGGAGUCCAAGCAAGAACGCCAAGCGAGAAGGCAAAGAGAGAAAGUGAAGAGAAGGCGAAGCGGAGACGAGCAGGGAGACCUGAUGCACUGAGGAAGAAGACGAGGAUGUCAGGAGUGACUAGGAGAGGGUGACUGAGGAGGAAGAGGCAUAGGCAAGCUGUCACUGCGGCAGCGGGGGACAUUGAAGGCGACAUAUACGCGCCCAGGAAUCGAGAUGGAAGCAGGACAAGAAAGGCAGGCAGAGGUAGGAAGGACACAUGGAGAAGAGGUGGAGGAGAAAGGAUGGAAUGAACGGGAGGGACAAGCAAUGAGCCAGAUGCAAUGAGCGCAGUGGGGCUGAAGAGGGUGCGGGACUCGAAGGGAAGAAAGGGCACCCAGGCUGUGAAAUGUGAAGAGCGGAAAGCGAGCGACGGAUGCCAGGUUCGGGAAGUGAAGCCUGAUGCCCUUCCCCUGUGGAAUGCUCGAUGCUUUGAAUUCACUUGUUUUGUGGGCGAUUUGUUAAGAGGCGAUCCACACGCUUGGCCGUUGAAGCCGCGAGCGUAGUCGCUGUAGUUUUUGGUUCAUCACGCAUUCGAACAGGGAACCAACUAUCUGGGCACCUUCGUCUACUCAGG